AUGGCAAGCGAUAGAGAAUAUCUGCUUUCUCUCCAGGCCGUUCGAGACCAUGCAUCCAAGGUCUUUGACGCAGCGAAGCGGGGGAACUUGAAGCAUUUCGAUUACGACGAGAGCCGCAUGGGCGAAGUUGCUGAUUACGUAUCCAAAGUCAUCGACCGUGAUUUUGGCCCUGAUAAAUACGACACAAUUCCUCCUCAUGGUCGAUGGCAGCAUUUUGAGGUUGGCGGCGUUCCCCGUGUCGACUCUUUGAUCAAAGAAUGGUCCAGUGAAGCCAAAGUCGACAAGACUGAGAUUACGCGACGCCUGGUGGAUUUAUUCUUUGUUUCCGUCCUUUUGGAUGCAGGCGCGGGUGAUGUCUGGCGUUUUAAAGAGUCUGGCUCUGGUCAGGAAGUUGUCCGAAGUGAGGGUAUCGCCGUCGCCUCGCUGCACAUGUUCAAGGCUGGCGCUUUCAGCUCCGACAGUUCAUUGAAGAACCGAGUAGAUGGAAAGGGACUGGUUCAACUAAAAGAGCCAGACUUUAACAGCCACUUCCAGGUCUCUGCUGAAAACCCCAUGGUCGGCGUUUCAUCACGAGUCCAGCUUCUUCAAGCUGUUGGAUCGUCGCUACUCAAAAGCCCAGAAAUGUUCGGAGAGUCGGGGCGUCCAGGCAAUCUGGUUGAUUACCUCAUGACCAAAGCUUCAGGCUCCAAGACUCUAAGCUAUGAGCAACUUUGGUCUUGUUUACAGACCCUCUUGAUCCCAUCUUGGCCAGGGAACAGAACGGUUUUCAAUGGCCAGCCCAUCGGCGAUGCAUGGCCUCUCGAAGUUCUCGCAGACAUUGCGGAUGAACAGGGCGAUAGGCAGGAGAGAAGCAGAAUCCAGCCUUUCCACAAGCUUACGCAAUGGCUCGCCUAUUCCUUGUCUGUGAUCUUCGAACGACAGAUGGGUUACACCUGGGAGAAGAUGGAACUCGGAACCGGCCUGCCCGAGUAUCGCAACGGUGGUGUUUUCGUCGACCUCGGAGUCCUCAAGCUCAAGCCAGAUGAUCUUCAAGCUGGAAAGGUGAGCUCAGGCCAAGAGCUCCCUCAGUUUGAUGCUUCCUCCGACGUCGUUGUCGAAUGGCGAGCUAUGACCGUCGCAUUGUUGGACGAGUUGCAUCAGAUACUCCAGAGCAGGUACAAGCCUCAUGGGGUGGAACUAAGUCUUCUCCAGAUGCUGGAGGCUGGAAGUUGGAAGUCCGGACGUGAGUUGGCUGCUGAGCAUAGACCUGAUACCAAGUGCAGCCCCAUCCUUGUCAUCAGCGACGGUACUCUAUAUUAG